GCAACAGGGGGCAAUCAAGUGGGCAGAGGCCUGCAACCAGGGAAGGGAGGGGAAGGCGCUCCUGCUGUUCCGCAGGGGUGGGGCAUCCCCCUCCCCACACAACCCCCCUCCAGCGGGCCAUCAGGCCAGUGGGAGGAGCUGCCCGUGCCCCCCCAGAGACCGCAGGGCUAUAAAGCCGCCUCGCAGCGGUCUGCGGCUCCUUCCCAGCCCCCGGCCUAGCUCAGCGAACGGAGACUGCCCAUCCUCGGCCGCAAUGAGCCACCACCCCGCGGGCCUCCGGGCCGGCUUCAGCUCCACCUCAUACCGCCGCACCUUCGGGCCACCGCCCUCGCUAUCCCCCGGGGCCUUCUCCUACUCGUCCAGCUCCCGCUUCUCCAGCAGCCGCCUGCUGGGCUCCGCGUCCCCAAGCUCCUCGGUGCGCCUGGGCAGCUUCCGUGGCCCCCGGGCGGGAGCGGGCGCCCUCCUGCGCCUGCCCUCGGAGCGCCUCGACUUCUCCAUGGCCGAGGCCCUCAACCAGGAGUUCCUGGCCACGCGCAGCAACGAGAAGCAGGAGCUGCAGGAGCUCAAUGACCGCUUCGCCAACUUCAUUGAGAAGGUGCGUUUUCUGGAGCAGCAAAACGCGGCCCUACGAGGGGAGCUGAGCCAAGCCCGGGGCCAGGAGCCGGCGCGCGCGGACCAGUUGUGCCAGCAGGAACUGCGCGAGCUGCGGCGAGAGCUCGAGCUGUUGGGCCGCGAGCGUGACCGGGUGCAGGUGGAGCGCGACGGGCUGGCGGAGGACCUGGCAGCGCUCAAGCAGAGGUUGGAGGAGGAGACACGCAAGCGGGAGGACGCGGAGCACAACCUCGUGCUCUUCCGCAAGGAUGUGGACGACGCCACUCUGUCCCGCCUGGAACUAGAGCGCAAGAUUGAGUCUCUGAUGGAUGAGAUUGAGUUCCUCAAGAAGCUGCACGAGGAGGAGCUGCGAGACCUGCAGGUGAGCGUGGAGAGCCAGCAGGUGCAGCAGGUGGAGGUGGAAGCCACGGUGAAGCCGGAGCUGACGGCAGCGCUGAGGGACAUCCGGGCGCAGUACGAGAGCAUCGCUGCGAAGAACCUGCAGGAGGCGGAGGAGUGGUACAAGUCCAAGUACGCGGACCUAUCCGACGCUGCCAACCGGAACCACGAGGCCCUGCGCCAGGCCAAGCAGGAGAUGAACGAGUCCCGACGCCAGAUCCAGAGUCUAACAUGCGAGGUGGACGGGCUGCGCGGCACGAACGAGGCCCUGCUCAGGCAGUUGAGGGAGCUGGAGGAGCAGUUCGCCCUGGAGGCUGGGGGCUACCAGGCGGGCGCUGCGCGGCUCGAGGAGGAGCUGCGACAGCUAAAGGAGGAGAUGGCGCGGCACCUGCGGGAGUACCAGGAGCUCCUCAACGUCAAGAUGGCCCUGGACAUCGAGAUCGCCACCUACCGCAAGCUGCUUGAGGGCGAGGAGAGCCGGAUCUCCGUGCCCGUCCAUUCUUUUGCCUCCUUAAGUAUAAAAACGACUGUGCCUGAGGUGGAGCCUCCCCAAGACAGCCACAGCCGGAAGACGGUUCUGAUCAAGACCAUUGAGACCCGGGAUGGGGAGCAGGUGGUGACAGAGUCCCAGAAGGAGCAGCGCAGUGAGCUGGACAAGUCUUCUGCCCACAGUUACUGAACCUCUUGGUCCAGGGCCUUGACUCUGCCCUAGGCCUAUGCUAAGCCCAAACCCUAAGGCCACUCCUGAAUCAGUCUCCUCUCCCUCUGCAUGUGUCUAAAAGGUGGUAUCAGGCAUCCCUCUCCUGGCUAAUGGCCAAGCCCUACCCGGCCAGCAGUUGCUGGGCCUCUCCCUUCCCUGACACUUGAUGUGACCUAUGUGCUUUCCCUUUCAUGUCCCGAUAAGAAGUCAAUGACUCCCCCAGGACAAAUCUCCUCCAGCCACGAUCCCAUGAGAAGUGAGUGAGCCAGGGUCUGAGUUUCAUGUUUUAAUCAAAUAAAAUGCUGUCAAGAGAAAACUAACUCUCCAGUGCA